CGAUCUCUGAGCAGUCAGCGGCCGGUGACCGCUCGACAGCCUUUGAUCCAACGAGUUUAUUUUUUACCUAAAUCGUUUGACGGUGACCGCUCAAUUACGUCAGCGCCCGGACGGCGACCGUUCGGGCACCGAGCGCAUUUAGGGCGACGAGUGAAUAGUGAGCAGAUUUUUUAUUGUCUUUUUCAAACGUAUCGCCUUUGGAGCUUUGUGGUCGUCUGCAUUUACGACGAACUAAAACAUGCGAACUUCGCAACUUCGAACGAGAUAAUAGAGAAGGAAAAAAAGAACGAAAGCAGCUAAAAAAAUAUCAACAAGUCAGAUGUGAUCAGUGCAGGUACACAUGGCUCAACCGGUGAACGCACUUCCGGGUUCCUCAACCUCAGCAUUUCAUCCGUACCAAGGUAAUAUCCCCCAGAGUCCCACUCCAAUCAGCCAUAGCUAUUCAGGAAACUAUAACCGGUACUCCGGAAGAGCAACAGGGUGGAUUCAGCUUUGUUGUGGUGUAGGGGCGAUCUUUAUAGGGGUGGCGCAGUUCUUACUCGGCGGCUCGUCUCUCCGUUUCUUUUCAUUCGGGAUAUGGAUGGGACUUUGUUUCUUUGGGCCGACUGGAAUAAUAGGAAUUGCAAGUUUCCGGGGAAGGACCUGUGUAAUAACUGCUUACCUUGUAAUGUGUAUAAUUUGCAUCAUCCUUGCCAUGGCCAUGAUGAUUUCUGGGACCGUAGUCGCUUCAUUUGGAUUACAGCAGUGCUACAUUCGGGAUAGCGUGAUACCCUGUCAGAAAGGAUUAGCGGAAAGUCGAACCACAUCCGAUGGAAUCAUGAGUCUAAUCGGGUUUAUUGAGAUGAUGGUUGCUAUCAUUGCUUCAGUCUAUUGUUGUGCUGCGAUUUGUUGUGGUAAACAAUCUGGAAGUCAAGAAUUCAUGUUGGCUGACCAACAUCCUACAGUCACCCUACAGCAUCAAGGAGGUUUGCCAUAUCAUCCUGGAAACCUACUGCGGAAUCCAUACACCCAACUGCAACUCGGACUGAUGCAUCCGCAACAGCAGACUCAGACACACCAACAGGCUUUCCAAACACAUCAGUCACUAGCUCCUCAACAGACGUUUCUCCAACAACAGACACGAGCUCCGCAUCAGGUAUCCCCACACCAACAUGCUUAUCAACAGCAGCAGACUCUGCAACCACUAAUGACAUUCACACCUCAGUUGUUAAAUCCACCACAGACAUCCAUACAACAACAGGCUUAUCCAUCUUAUCGGACUCACCAACCACAGCAGAUGCACCGAUAACAGUACACCCAGGCAGCGCAACAGACACAGCAAACAUUUACACCUCACCAGGUAUUCCUACAUCAACAAUGAAUAAGACGGUAUAAAGAUCGAAUGUUAACGUGUCAAACAUCAACUCCUUUUCAAAACACCUCGCGAUUUUUUUUGGUCAUAUAUAAACAUUUCCUCUCUAGGAGGCACCACACUCUCCCCUCUGGAUAACCAGCUAACAGUUUUUUGAACCACCCUUAUCUUCAGGUCACUUUGGUCUAGCGGUUAGAGGAUUGGACUUAUGUUCGUCAUGAUAUGAGUUCGGAUCCCCGAUCUCCCAUCUACGACCCUAGAGUAAUUUCUGUCAGUCAGCCACUAUGCCUGAUUAACUUAGACGUAACAUAUUUCAGGGACCUGGGAACGAUUUUUUCAGUGGGGGUGCUGAAAUCUCUCCUCAAAGGUGGGGGGGGGGGGAGGGGACACAAUUGAGUUUUCCAUAAUUACACACACACACACCUCUAAGGGCACCACACACACACCCACCAACCCACAUACAUAUAUAUGACAGUCACUUAGCUUUCUUCUUAUAAAAAGAACAAAGAACAUUAGGCGUGCCACAAGGGUCUAUUCUAGGUCCCCUUUUAUUUUCAAUAUAUGUUAAUAGUUUACCUGAAUGUAUUCAUGAAGGUAUCAUAGAUAUGUACGCUGACGACACGACACUUACCGUCAGUGCGAAGAAAAAAUAACUGUUGCAUUAAACAAGGUCAUGGCAUGGAUUAAAGAUCAUCAGCUCGUCCUCAACACUGAAAAAACAUGUGUCAUGAUAAUAGGUUCUCGUGCUAAUCUCAGGAAAAUAGAUUCUUUCACGAUUUCGUUAAACGGUGAUUUGAUAAAUAGAGUUCAAUUCACCAAAUGCUUAGGAGUUUUGAUAGAUGAAGAACUGAAAUGGUCAAAACAAAUUGAAAAUGUAUGUAAACUUACUCAGAAAAGUAUUGGCAUAAUAAAGAGAGCGAAAAGUUCUUUGCCUGUGCAGUCCUUAAAGUUGCUUUAUAACAGUUUAGUGUUGCCAAGAUUUGAUUACUGUUCUGCUGUAUGGUCGAAUAGAUUUCAAUCCCAUAUAAUUAAGCUGCAAAAAAAUUCAGAAGAGGGCUGCAAGAAUAAUAUUGAACAAGACAUACGACACUCCGUCGGCUGAUUUGUUCGCAAGUCUUAAAUGGAUGACACUAGACAAACGAUUUGAGCUCAGUCGCGUUUUGAUGAUAUAUAAAUGUGUUCAUAAUUUAGCACCUUCUUACCUUCAGGUAAACUUAACCAAUCCAAAUGAUGUAUAUGAACAUCAUACCAGACAGAGAGACAGUGGAUAUUUACGCGUGCCCAAGUUUCGCACUGAUUGUUAUAAGUGUAGUCCAAUUGUUUCUUCAAUAUUUGAAUGGAAUAAGCUUGAUAAUUCAAUUAGAACAGCUCCUUCUGUCAUUUCAUUUAAGAGAAUGUUUAAAAGAACUUGUAAUUUAUAAAUAACUUGCGGAUCAUCCACUGUUGUGCGUAUUUUGUGUUAGCAUGAUCUUGAUGAUUUGGUGUAUAUUAUCAGUAUUUUCAAGAUGUCGUUCUUAGUUAAUUUGAUUUAUUGAUAUUUGAUUAUAGGUCAAACGAGUGCCCGUCUGCGUUUUGUUUGCUGCUAAGUUUGUUAAUGUUUCGUUUUACAUUCAAAUCCUAAUGUGAAUCUUAAUACCGUAACAUUCUGUACAUACGUUAUGCAUUUUGUAAAUAUGUUUAUUGUUAUUCAGGGCGCCAUGGAAGACCACUACUUAUUGGUGAAUGGGCUACCCUAUCAAAAUAUCAG